AUGGGGGCACAGAUUUCUAAAACUGCUUCCCGGAAUGUGGGAAAGUUGCUGGAGACUAAAGGAGUAAGGGUUAGAUUUUCCGCAUUGAGAGAGCUAGCAGAGUUGUUGGAGGGCUUUUGUCCGUGGGUAGAAGGCAUGAGUCGUAUGGAUUUAAAAUCGUGGGAAAAGGUAGGAAAAGCUCUGGAGAAGAACAAAGUGGAUGGAUUUCCCCUUCGCCUUUGGGGGAUGGUUUUGGAUAUUUUAAAGGAGAAUGAGCAGAAGGGAGUGCAUUCAGGAAAGUACAUCAGCCUUACAGCAUCAGAGCUGACAGGCGAUAGCUCACCAGCUGAUUCGUACUCUACAGCAGCCGAGGUAGGUCAGGAUUCCUUAGACUCCAGUUCUACGGACAGCGAGGAGAGUCAAACUUCCUCCAUAAGUAGUCAAACCUCUACUGACUUGGUCGGUACGGUGGCCGAGAAGAUUCAACUUUCUGUCAGAACCAAACAUGGUACAUGUCCUUACAGAAGGCAGCGUGUUCUGUAUAAGACUGUGCCCUCCCAGAGUAGGGAGCAUUUUCAAAGUGGGUCUCGUCUGGCAGGCAAAGAGAAGGACAGCUAUCUGAUUACUGAAGAGGAAGUGAGUCCUAGGGCCCGAGGUUCCGGCCAGGGUGACUUUCAUUCAAUAACCCAUCCGGCUGCAGAACGCAGAAGUCAGAGUGACGAUAUGCACAGAUAUUAUCAAGUCUUUGAUGUUAAGUUCAUUAAGAAACUUAAGGGAGCUGUGGAAAAAUAUGGUCCUAGCUCCCCUUUCACUCAGGCCCUAAUUAACAAUAUCAUGGACUAUGGAUUAUUACCUCAGGAGUGGAAAAUUCUGUGUAAGGCAGUGCUAUCCUCCGGUGAUUACCUGUUAUGGAUUUCUGAAUGGCGUGAGCUUAGCAGGAAAAUUGCCAUGCAGAAUGCUCAGACAGAUAAUCCAGAGUGGACUCUAGAUAUGCUUGUCGGAGAGGGCCCGUUUGAAGGAAGCACUCGGGCUUGGUGUAAGCUUCCGGCUAAAGGAGUAGAUGGGACGAGUCUGACAAGUGUCCGACAGGGUCCAGAGGAGCCCUUCCAGAAUUUCAUUGCCAGGCUUCAGGAGACAGUUAGUAGAAAUGCGUAUACAGAGGGGCCUCUGAUUUCACAAUUGGCUUUUGAGAAUGCUAAUGCAGCAUGUAAAUCUAUUUUGCUGCCUCACAAAGGACAAACGGACAUCUCAGGAUAUAUUCGCCCUUGUGUCGACAUGGGACCUGCGUAUUAUCAAAGCGCAGCGGUGGCAGCUGCGGUGCAGGAGACGCCCGCCCCUAGGGGCUUGGCCUGCAGACAUAAUAACAGAAGAUGCUUUAAAUGUGGUAGUUUUAACCAUUUUAAGUGUGAAUGUCCAGAUAGAGCAAGUACUGCGGGAUAG